CAAAAAUGAUAAGAGAGAUAUUUCAGAAGCCUACAAAAAUCCUCUAAAAUCCUCACUCCCCACUCUGCACUCUCCCUCCCUCCUCCCGUUUCCCGCUUCUCAGCAAACCCCAACAGCCUCCAAAUUUCCGGGGUUUCGUUUCGCCGUUUCGGGCCUCCGAAACGUCCACCACCACGCUCAUGCAAUUAGGGGUUUUGGGGGGUUUAUCUGUUUACCACUCUUUCUACCCAGCUCCGUUUAAACGAAGCGCGUCCGCCCAAAUGGCCGCUCUCGGAGCUCUUUCUCCCUGUCCCUACAGCCUCCUGUGGCGGCCGAAAACCUCGAACCGCUGCGUUUCGUACUCCGUGGGCUCUUCUACUGCUACAGGAACACGUAGGUCGAAUGUAAGAAGAUCAGGAAGAAUGGAAGGGCCUCGGAAAAGUAUGGAAGACUCUGUUCAACGAAAGAUGGAACAAUUUUAUGAAGGGAGAGAGGGCCCGCCAAUCCGUGUUUUACCAAUUGGUGGCCUUGGAGAAAUUGGGAUGAAUUGCAUGCUGGUCGGGAAUUAUGAUCGCUACAUUCUGAUUGAUGCUGGUGUCAUGUUUCCGGACUUUGAUGAGCUUGGAGUCCAAAAGAUUAUACCUGAUACCACAUUUAUCAAAAAAUGGAGCCACAAAAUUGAAGCAAUUGUUAUUACACAUGGGCACGAAGACCACAUUGGUGCGUUGCCUUGGGUGAUCCCAGCUUUGGAUCCCAAUACACCAAUAUUUGCAUCAUCCUUUACCAUGGAGCUUAUCAAAAAACGUCUGAAGGAACACGGGAUCUUUGUUCCAUCUAGACUUAGGACAUUUAGAACAAAGAGGAAAUUUACGGCUGGACCAUUUGAGAUUGAGCCUGUUCGGGUGACACAUUCUAUUCCUGACUGUUGUGGAUUAGUUCUUCGCUGUUCUGAUGGGACAAUUCUUCACACUGGGGACUGGAAGAUUGACGAAUCACCAUUGGAUGGUAGAGGUUUUGACCGCGAAGCCUUGGAAGAACUUUCAAAAGAAGGAGUAACAUUGAUGAUGAGUGACUCUACAAACGUACUCUCACCUGGAAGGACGACAAGUGAAUCUUCCGUGGCAGAUGCGCUGUUGAAGCAUAUUUCAGCUGCGAAAGGGAGGGUUAUUACUACUCAGUUUGCUUCAAACAUACACCGACUUGGAAGCGUGAAAGCUGCUGCUGAUUUCACUGGCAGAAAGUUGGUAUUUGUUGGUAUGUCCUUAAGGACAUAUCUUGAUGCAGCCUGGAAGGAUGGGAAGGCACCAAUUGAUCCAUCAUCCUUGGUGAAAGUGGAAGAUAUUGAUUCCUAUGCCCCAAAGGAUUUGCUGAUUGUCACAACUGGCUCUCAAGCAGAACCACGUGCUGCUCUAAAUCUUGCAUCAUUCGGAAGUAGUCAUUCCGUCAAACUGAACAAAGAGGACAUAAUUUUGUAUUCAGCUAAGGUAAUUCCUGGUAAUGAAUCUAGGGUAAUGAAAAUGUUAAACCGCAUAUCAGAUCUUGGGUCAACUAUAGUGAUGGGUAAGAAUGAGGGGCUGCACACUUCUGGUCAUGGGUAUCGUGGAGAAUUGGAAGAAGUCCUUCAAAUUGUGAAGCCGCAACAUUUUCUGCCCAUACAUGGAGAACUCUUGUUUCUCAAAGAGCAUGAAUUGCUUGGGAGAUCAACUGGCAUUCAUCACACCACUGUUAUAAAAAACGGGGAAAUGCUUGGGGUUUCUCAUUUAAGAAACAGAAGAGUACUUUCCAAUGGUUUCACUUUGCUUGGAAAAGAGAAUUUGCAGUUGAAGUUUAGCGACGGCGAUAAAGCAUUUGGCACAUCAAGCGACCUUUGUGUUGACGAGAGACUAAGAAUUGCCUUAGAUGGCAUAAUAGUGGUCAGCAUGGAAGUUUUACGCCCUCAAAAUGUAAAUGGUUCGACUGAAAAUAGCAUAAAAGGGAAGAUAAAAAUUACUACUCGAUGUUUAUGGCUUGACAAAGGAAAGCUUAUUGAUGCACUCUACAAAGCUGCCCAUUCUGCACUAUCAAGCUGCCCCAUAAGUUGUCCUCUUCCUCACAUGGAAAGAACAGUGUCUGAGGUAUUGAGGAAAUUGGUAAGAAAGUACAGUGGUAAAAGGCCAGACGUCAUUGCCAUUGCCAUGGAGAACCCUGCAGCAGUUCAUGCUGAUGAGGUCAGUGCAAGACUAUCUGGAAAAUCUUAUGUUGGUUCAGAGGUGUCACAGUUGAGGAAAGUAUAUGAUCAACAUCAAAUUAAGAGUCCGUCAACUAGGACACAAGCAGAUGAUUGCAAGGCCAAAACACAUUUUCCGAGUCAGUCAACUACAACACAAGCAGAUGAAGGCAAGGACAACACAUUGCAGAGCUUCUCUCAACAAGAUACUGAAGAGUCCGUACUUGAAGAUGAUGGCAUUGAAGUCGAAGGACUCCUGCCUGAGGAAGAUUCUGCCACUUCAAGUUCCAAGCCAGAGAAGCUUUCUUCUGAUUCAGAGGAUUUUUUGAACGCAAUGGUUAGAUUAUCAACUGGUGACAAAUCAGUAGAAGAUGAAAAUGGUCUGGUUGCAGAACAGGAAAAUCCACAGAAAGAUGGUCCUGAAAGCAGUGAAAUACCAAAUCUUUCAAAGCCCGUGAAGCGCAAUAAAUGGAAGACUGACGAAGUUCAGAAGCUUAUUACAAUGCGGGGGAAACUGCGUAGCAGAUUUCAAGUUGUGAAGGGUAGAAUGGCCCUCUGGGAAGAGAUAUCUAGAAACUUGUUGGCCGAUGGGAUCAACCGAAGCCCAGGACAAUGCAAAUCUCUGUGGGCAUCCCUGGUUCAGAAAUAUGAGGAAAGCAAGAGCGGAAAAAGAAGUCGAAAGAGUUGGCCAUACUUUGAGGAAAUGGAUGCAGCUUUGUCUGAUUCCGAGGAAUUGGCAACAAAAUGAUCGCUAGGGGCGAAAACAGUUCCCUGAACUUCUGAAAAAAUCCCGGAGAAACAACAUAAUCCGAUAGAGCUCGAGGAACAGCCAGACAAAUGAUAAUUCAGCAAGACUCAACGUGUGGAUGGUUGUCAGAUCAAAGGGAUCUGAAAAUUAGAAAGUGAAGUGGGUAAUUGUAGCAUUUCCCUGAUAACCUCCGUGUAUAUCAGUGAAUUAGAUGGACAAGCAAAGGCUCAGGGUGGAAAUUUUGUAGUGGGAAGAUAUCUUUGGCGCUAUAGGACUCGUUUGGAAGUGCUUUUAAAAUAACUAAAAGCGCUUUUGAUGAAAAUGUUUGUUAUACCUUAUCUUCCUUAAAUAUUUAUAUUCUUAUUUUAUGAAAUGGUGAAUGUAGGAAAAUUUUCUAA